GGCUGCCCAUGCAAACAAUAUGGCCGCCCCUGGCGGUGCUGGCUAGGAAGAAGCGUGGCAGCCCCGGGCAGAGGCACCAUGGCCCACGGUGAUCUGGACGAGGAGAGUCUGAAUGACCUCUACAGCUGGGUGGAUGGCAUCCCUCUCUCCCGCCCGAAGAGGAACAUCACCCGCGACUUCAGCGAUGGAGUUCUGGUGGCCGAGGUGGUGAAGUUUUAUUUUCCCAAAAUGGUGGAAAUGCACAAUUACGCUCCAGCUAAUUCCACACAACAGAAGCUCUCCAACUGGGCACACCUGAACAGGAAAGUGUUGAGCAAAUUGAAUUUUUCCAUUCCCGAAGACAUCGUCCGGAAGAUUGCGCAGUGCACCCCUGGAGUGGUGGAGUUGGUGCUGAUCCCGUUGAGACAGAAGAUUGAGGAGAAGCAGAAGCAAGCCAAGAUGUCCACCAACUCUUACCAGGACCGGCCACCAACUCCUCUGGGCGGCUGCAGCCUUUGCUCCUUCCCGACUCCAAUGCCCCAGGACCUGGGCAUGCGUGCCAUUGUGGAAGAGAACAACUACAUGGAAACAGGCUACACUUCGAAGUCCAUGCCCAACAGCACCGGAGGUUACACCAAGGACUCUCCUGCCUCAGAAAGGGGUCUGAAGGGACAGACGGGCUACCCGGUGCCUCUGCAAACGGAUGCCAACCUGCGUCUGCACCUGGCCGAGCGGGAACAGGCCCUGCUGGCUUCCCAGGAGACCAUCCAGAUUCUGCAGAUGAAAAUCCGUCGACUGGAACACCUGCUGCACCUGAAGAACGUCCGGAUCGACGAUCUCUCCCGGCGCCUGCAGCAGGCGGAGCCCAAGCGGAAGUGAAAGGCCCCGUCCCAGCUGUGCUUCUCCAGACCGUUUCCACCCAUGCCGGGCUCCCCCACCCCCGGUUCUUUGAAUGCUCAGCGCUUUUCUCUGCAGCCCUCCAGCCCGGCUGAGAUGUUGGAAGAAGACCCUCCGUGGAGGUCUUCUGGUUUCAAAGGGAAGCCUUUGCCCAGCCAGCGGCCCCAGCCCGGCCCAGGAGAGACCGUGCCCAGAGGAAAGAAGGCCGGGUGACGUCCAGUCAGUUGGCCACGUUCUCCAGGAGAGCCCAGGAGAAUCCAGGCCCCUCCAGUCCCUGUCUCCAGGCACCAUCGUGUCUGCCUCCUGGAGUUGCAGGAGAUCCCAGGAAAAGUCCUCCCGCUUGUAUCUGUAGCCCACCAGGCAAGGAGGCCAUGAUGAUGGUUGAGAUGAGCUUUCUGGCAUCUAAGGAGAACAUCGGGAACGGUAGAAUCCUUAGCCAAGAUUUCCCCAGAUUUGGCUCUGUUGGGAGGCCAGAAGUUGGCUUGGAUUCUCAGCCUCCUGCUCCUCCUGCUCCUCCUCCCCACUCCCUUCUAGCACUGAUGAUGUUAGCUAGUUGGGUCAUGAAACAUCUACGGGAAAACAAGUUCAGAGAGACCCCAGGACCCCACACCAGUCCCCCCUCCCUUUCUUCUGAAGUUCUUCUGAACUUUCCAAGCCACCCUACCUGCUGUUCUCCUUUGAUGAUGACUCCGGAAGAGAGAAGAAACCCUCCAGGAUGGCUGAGGGUGGAGUCAUGGGCAGCCAGGAGGACCGCAGAGUUUGGUCCUUUUCAAGAUGAACUCUUGAGCUCCAUCUACGGGAGGAAAAUCCUGGCUGGGGGUGGGGGUGAGCGAGAGGUAUUGUGCCCUCCCUAGGAAAUGCACCCCCGCCCAGCUAAUACAAGGAUUCAGGAAUGUCCUUCUCCAGUGGGUUGAGGUUCCCCUACCAUUCCAGGUUGCUUCUGGCCAGGAGGCUCUUUCUAGAUUCCCUCCUCCCUUCCCCACCAUCAGAUACCCAAGGUGGGCUUCAAAGCUUUUGCGUGACCUCAGCUGCCUUUCUCGAAUCUUUGAUCUUGCAUGCACAAUCCCUAACACAAACCCAACGGACCAGAAACCCCCCCCAUCCCCGUUCUGUCUUCCUGCGGGCGAGGGGGUGUCUUGUGAAGACACAGACUGAGGUGCGUUGUGUGGCCAUGAGAUGAAUCAAGGCAUGUCCCAGAGAAGAUGCUGUCGUCGUCCCUAUCCCCAACUCCCCACUGUAGAGCUCAGGAGCAAAAUAUGGGGCGGGAGUGACUGCCCGUUUGAGCCCAAACUGUGGGUUUUGAGCCUAAGUGUGCUUUUUCACACACCCAAAUUCACACAGUGGCUCUUUUGAUCAGUGCCAUUGCUAGGAGAUGACCUCCAGAGAGCCGACUCACCUUUUCUUUGCCUCCCCUUUCCCUGAAUCUCCAAGAUACGAGGCGGUCGCUUCCCAUCUCCACCUGGAAACCUAGAGGAGAAUUUGUGUGUGUGAUGCGGUAGUGGGGUAGUGGGCUAGAGCGGGGUCCAACAUCUGGACCAUUAAAAGUGCCUUGGAACUCUGUGUACAGAGCGAGGAGGCCGCAAGCCUUUGACCCAGGCCCCGUUGGUCAGGACUUGCUUUGAUCUUGGCCAUCUCGGUCCUUCUCCCGACGUUGUUCUCCUCCUGCUUCCCAAAGGCCCCCCACUGAGAAGCUCAUCAACCCAACUGAGAAGCACCUCCGGCAGGAAGGGACCUUCUCACGUCAUCCUGUCAUCCUCGGCACUUUCCAAAGGACCACCUUGCUGAGGUGCCAGCACGAGGUGUGAACGUUCCCACAAUCGUUGUCGAAGCUUCUGCUGCAUAGGAAGAGAAGGGGUGGGGUGGGGGGGAGGGAGUCCUUGGAAGAGAGGAGAUAAUAGCCCAUCUUACGAAGCUUCCUUCCCCAAUCACUUGGAGAAGUGGUUGCGUCCUGGGGGGAGCUGAGAAUUGAGUCAUUCGCUUUGGGGGUCUUCACGAAGAUGAAAUGAGGAGGGGUCAACAUAUAUUGGAGCUCUGAGUCAUUCCCUCAAAGCAGAAGAUCUAACAAGGUGUCCCUCUGCUCUCUUGUAGGACAUGGCCAUGUAGACCUCCAAUGGUGAUAGUUUUCAGAUUGUCCCAUGAUUUCCUCCUGGGAUACUGGAUUCCUCCCCACCUCUGCUCUAGUGCCUUCUCUACACCUUUGCUUCCACCGGGAUCUCCCGUGGAUCCGUGGGGCUCAAUUCUGUCCAUUGCUCCCACGUGGCCCUGAUUAAAGUAUCGCCAGGUGCCUUCAACUGACUUCUCUUGGCCCAACGUAGGUUUUAGGGGUUGCCAUGCAACUCUCACCAUUUGGCCUUGGCAAUUCAGGGUCCGGCCAAGCUUUGGAUGACUUCUGGGGUCCUACCUCUCUUCCGAUGGUCUUUUCCUGUGACGGGACGGACUGAGUGGGGUCUGAAGGGUCUCCGUGAAGAGCCCGGAUAGUACAAAUCUUCAGCCAGGCCUGGUUGUGCAAAGAAGAAAGAAGGGAGGCUACCUCUUGAGAAAGGGACUGGCUUAUGCUUCUAAAUGCUCAUUUAUCCUGGCUAAGCUACUCCGGGGAGAUUUCUGGGGGAGGGAGGAGGGAGGGAAGCUCGUGUCUCGAGCUUCGGCGCGUGCCACAAAACAAAACAAAACAAAAUAAGGUAAACAAACAAACAAAAGCCAGAUGGUGUAAUACCCUGAGUUGGACAGCAGAGGGCGGCUUUAGCUGAGCUUACCGAUUGGUAAAACCUCUUGGCAAUGCAGUUAUGGGGAAAAUUAGCUGCUUUUGUGUGGGGCCAGCACUGUUUUUCUGUACGAUCACGGCGGCUUCCUUCUCUAAAGGUAAUUUCUGUCUGCUUUUCAGCAUUAAAGACUUUAAUCCUC